UGAAGAUUUAUGUAUCGCCAAAGAGACAUGGUUACUCCUUUCAAGAAAUAGACUUUGCAGUAUUUCUUUCAUUCCCCAUAUUCGGUCCAAGAAUCUGCAGCGUAUGAAACAUCUAUAUAUACGUGGACAAAAGCAUGAGACAAACUUCAGCCUUUUUAGGACUUAUAAAUGAAAGCCUGACUUGCAACAAAAAAAUUACCAAACGUUAAGAGAGUCGGGGACCUCAUAGUUGCAGGAAUUGCAGGCCAGGUUGCCUUCAACUGUUGCCUUGAAGAGAGUAGGGAUUCAAGCUUUGCUGUUCGUGAGAUUGGCAAGACUUUCCAAGAACACUUGGAUUGCCCUAACAAAGGGCUUUUAUAUCUUACAGGAUUAGUAGACUAUUAGUCUUACAAGCUGAAAUUAAGCUGAAAUGGAAGCCGUCGAGGAUGUGGUGAUAGUAGGAGCAGGGAUAUCAGGGUUAGCCACGGCCGUGGCGCUGAAGAGAGUCGGGAUCCGAGCAUUGGUGCUUGAGAGAUUCAAAGAGCUUCGCGUUACUGGCGCAGCCCUAACACUCUUCCCAAAUGCUUUGCUUGCACUUGAUGCCUUGGGUGUUUCACAGAAGCUCACUUCCCUUUAUGAGCCUUGCCUAAAUGGAUCCAUGACUAAUGUGGUUACCGGAGAUGUACAGGACAUUACCUUCAGAAGAACAAACAGAAACUUAACUGAACCCCGAGCAGUCCAUCGUAGAGCCUUAUUAGAGGCUCUAGCAGAGGAAUUGCCAGUUGACACAACCCGUUUCUCAUGCAAGCUCACAGCCAUCGAGACACAAUCUAAUCCAAACUCUCCCAUUACUACAAUACACAUGGAAGAUGGAACUACUAUCAAAACCAAAAUUUUGAUAGGAUGUGAUGGUGUGAACUCAGUGGUGGCCAAUUGGUUGGGACUUGCCAAAACAGCCAAUUCAGGCCGAUCAUCUGUGCGUGGACUAGCAUUGUACCCUCAAGGGCAUGGUCUGAAACAUGAAAUGCACCAAUUUCUAGAUGAGGGAAAGAGAGGUGGAUUUAUCCCCCUUAAUGACAAAGAGCUUUAUUGGUUCCUGGUUUUCCAAUCUCCUCCAAAUGAAGAAAACGUGGUAGGAAAACCAGAACUGAUACAAAGCGAAGUGACUGAGAACUACGCGAAGAACUUCCCUCCAACAUUCCUCGACAUAGUCAAGCACUCAGAUCUUUCUAACCUUACGAUGACUCCAUUGGGUUUCAGGUAUCCUUGGGACAUAGUAUUUGGUAUUCUAAGCAAUGGAAAUGUAACUGUAGCCGGUGAUGCGAUGCACCCAAUGACACCUGAUUUAGGACAAGGUGGGUGUUCAGCCCUUGAAGAUGCAGUGUUGCUGGGUCGCUACAUUGGUGAAUCAUUUAUCAAAAACCAGACACUUGUUUCCAAGGACAUCGCUCAAGCAAUACAGGGCUAUGUCGACGAAAGGAGGUGGCGGGUUGCAUGCUUGGUUGGAGGGUCAUAUAUAUCUGGUUGGUCGCAACAAGGCGGGUCUGGUUGGUUAAAGAAACUCAUCAGGGAUUUUGCCUACAAAUUCCUUCUUAUCAGGAUUGUGAAACUUGCAUACUAUGAUUGUGGGAGACUACCUAGUGUUUCUUCUAAUGGUGAAUUGGAAAACACAAGCAAGAUGGACUAGAGAGCUUUGUUCUGCUCAUUAUAUGAGACAUCAGGAAAAAGCUCGUCUGUGAGUGUUUCUUACAUGACUUUUGUUGGAUGCAAUGAAUAUAUUGUAAUAAAAGGAGUAAAUAAGUUCUCCCUAA